AUGUCUUCUCGUGCGAUCCGGAAGUUGCAGAAGCUGCGCGAGCUGGAGCUGCAGCAACAACAAGAAAAUGAAGAUGCAUCUAGCGACGAGGAGCCUCCACGCCCCACGAAGCCGAAGUUUAACGCCUUCGAUCUUCUCAAUGCCGGCGGCGAUGGCGACGACGACGACGACGACGACGACGAAGAUGAUGCGGGAUCAGAGGAGAAUAUUCAGGAACCAGUGAUUCAGCAACCGGAGCCUGAGCUCGCGCCGGCUGAGGCUAAGAGUGCCAGCAAGAAAAAGAAGAAGAAGAAGAAGAAGAAGGCUAAGGCGGCGGUGGUAAAUGAGCCAGAAGCUAAUCAAUCUGAUGCUGAACUGGAUGAAAUCGAUCGAGCUUUGAAGGAUCUUGCCACGGAAGGUCAACUGCCAGCUGGUGGGGGUGCGGCUACCACGACAAACACUGAGGAUGCCUCGUUCCCCAAGACCACCGACGAACUGCUGGCGGUCGAUCCCAAAUUCUUGAAUGCGACAAAUGAGAUGAAACGGCUGUUUGGCAAUGUGGUUUUGGAAAACUUUGACCAGCCGGCUGAUGCAGGUACCGGCCGUCGGCGGGAUCGCAAUCGUGAGACGGUAGACCUUGGCCAAGCCUUGACGGGACGAUACAGUCCGGCCAGCAGAGGGCAGAGCUUAGCGGGCGUGACACUUCGGCGGAAUAUUUUGAUGCAAGGCAAGGACGAGUGGCCUCGAGCACCAAGUGGAGGACUCGGCAUGGAGCUCGAGGAGAAGCUCGCGUCAGGCGUCACCCUGUACCGAAUCGUUCACAACGCGGGCUAUCAGGACGUACAGAGACAGUUUGAGCUCUGUGUUGAGUCGAUGGACCCACAACGCCUGAUUCACCACCUUCAAUACAACCCUUACCACAUCUCGACUCUCCUUCAGGUCUCUGAGAUUGCCAAACACCAGAGUGAUCAUGCGGUCUCUGCUGACCUCUUGGAGAGAGCACUGUUCAAUAUUGGGCGCUCCGCGCACUCAUCAUUCAACACCCGACUAAGAGAAGGUCAAGCCAGGCUAGACUUCUUACACAUGGGGAACCGUGAGUUGUGGCUGGUUGGCUGGAGGUACAUAGCAAACCUGGGUAUGAAGGGGACUUGGAGAACCGCCUACGAAUGGGCCAAGCUACUUCUAAGCUUGAAUGACUCAGAUCCUUACUGUAUGAAGCUUUUGAUCGAUCAUCUUGCUCUACGUGGCCGAGAGUAUGCUCAAUUUGUGGACUUGUGUACCCAGACACGGUUCAGUCGUGAUUGGGCUGACCUUCCAAACAUCCAAUGCUCGCUUGUCAUGGCCUAUCUCCGGUUGAACAAGCCCCAGGAGUCCCGCCAACAGCUUCAUCAUGCCAUGUCCCGUUACCCGUGGAUUUUCAACCGACUUGCUCAAGAGUUGGACCUUCAACACAUCCCCAAACAGAUCUGGGGCCAGAUGCCUCCGACUGGAUCUCACGAACUUCUUACCGAACUUUACAUCUCGCGAGCGAAAGACCUUUGGAAUACGCCGGAGGCUGUUUCUCUCAUUGUCGAGGUUGCCGAUACCCUGUCCAACGAUCAACAGGCUAUUGAGGCACCAGAGAUUACGUUGGAUAUUGCCCGCCACGUGGUCCUAUCCGACAUUCCCAAAGUCACAACCCAUCUUCCCACCCGCUUCGUGUCUGGUCGGAUGUCUGCUUCAGAUCCUCUUCCACCCUAUGAGUCAGAAGCUUUCCGUCAGCAGGCCGAUCCAACACCAUCCUAUCUUGCACGAGUUCCGGAAGCAGGACGGCCUCAAUGGCUUCGCGACCUUUUGGAUCAAUUGCAAAACGGCGGUGGCAUUCGCUUCCCCGGGCUUCCAGGGGGUGAUGAUGGAUCGGAUGCUGAGGAUACUCCGCAAGAUGAGGCCGAGAAUGCUCCGCCUGGUGGUCGAGUACGCGCCUUGGCUGGUGAUCAGCAGGUGCUUGAGCAAUGGCUAUUGCAGGAUGGACUCGAGUCUUUGCAAAUGUUCCUACAUGAAUAUGGAGUUGAUCGAGGAAACUGGGGUGAUGUUGUGGACUAUGGUCCGCUAACCGAUUACCUCGAAGCUCUCCAGGAAAUCCAGCCUGAGACGUCUCGCCAGCGACUUCUGCACGGUCCAAUCCAGGAAGUGAUCGGAGAAUUUGCGGUUACAAUGCUUGAAGAUGAACUGGAGAUGAUGGAGGAUGAGCUGGUGGCUGAAAAUAGCGAUUAA